AUGCGGAAAAGAAAGACAAGUCAUCAACCAAAUUUCAAAGCUACAAGAGCUGUGGUAUUAGGCAAAGAUGGCGUUGGAAAAUCAGGUAUUUACUAGUUAGUUAGUAGUUAAGUUAGUUAUCUGCCGAUGUUUCGUGAACUGGACAUUUCACACUAUCCGGUAUGGGGGGCAGAUCAUUUAUUAUCUAAUCAGCACCAAGUACAAUUUUCCCCUCUCCGUGUCCAUGAAUUGCUAUAAAAAGAAAUAUCCACUUGAAAGUCAAGUGUUUUAAGUCUUUUAUUACUCACUAAGAAUAAAAGAGUUCCGGCAUGCAAACAACAACUUAAAAAUUAAUAAUACUUUUCCCAUUUUAGGAUGCAUAUAACUUAAAUACACUAGACAAUUAGAUAAAUCACAUACUAAUUGAGGCAACAACUGGAGUUGUUUAUUUAGUUCAUUAGGUAUCAUCAUAAGACACAAAACCGAGGGAUUUAGAUUUGCUUAUGCGCAAUACUCAGUUCAUUGAAAGAUUAAUCGUUUUAUACACGCGCGAGUGAACAACUCGAAGCGUGUUCACGGCACACUUGCACAGUUUGGAUUUAUCGGAUAACUGGUGUAACUUAGAACAUAAACAAACGUCCGAGGUCUAGAAAAUAUGAAAUUUGAAAAAAUUUAAAAUGCAUCACUGCACCGGUGAAAGGAACUGGUAAUAAAUAAAAAACACCUGAGUAUAAGUGGGUUUUUACUAAGCUCCACACUUGAACAAACUAAGUUUGUAUACUGAACAACCGCGCGGUCAUUUCAACAGCAACAGAGCAAAUUACCUUUAAAAAUAGAAAGAAUGUCUUAUCCUACUGUUAACUGUCCAUUGUGGUUUUUUUGUGUGUGUAUAUGCGCAACCAAAGCAGCGCAAAUAUGCACACCUUUUUAAAACAAAAGGAUUAAUGGAAGUAAAUAAAGAAUAUAAACAGUUUUUAAAAUGUUUUAUUUUUUCAAUGAACAAAGUUUGUUUAAAAGCACCUCGUCAAAAUUUCGCGAGAACAACCACUGUAAAAUAACAAUGGCAAAGUCUUUUACAUGUUUAGAAACCGGUUUUUAACCCUUACGAGAUAAAGUUUAAGGUCUCUAUACUCACAGAAGAUGUCUUCACCCGUAUUUAUUUAUUUGACAACUUUUAGGUUCGAGUAAAGUUUGCUUUCUAACCCAUCACCUACGGCUGAAUUUAAUCGAAAAGAAGCUACGUAGGCCUGUCACCGGUUUUCUGCAAGUACUAGUAGCUCGAUUCUUUAUUUCUAAUAAUAGAAAACCAACUAAACCUGCACUAUCCAAUGUAUUUUAAUUAUUUCAUAUUUACAUAGAUGGCAAAGAUAAUUGGUAUAAGUUAUUUUCGUGUUUCUAAUUGUUAAAGUAAAAACAUUUGAAUUUGAUUUGACGAACGCUUCUCUGAACACCGAUCUUCUCGAGACUUUAAGCUUCAGAAGCUAAAAUUGCGCUAUUUCUUGAUUAGGCACACUUGAUCACGUGCCUCUAUACACUCAAAAUAUUUUUGAAAGUUCAACAACUGUUAUAUAACCAGUGUUUCCUGUUUUCAAGAUGAUGGGGGCAGCCAGAUGGACCCGAAUGUUCAGCCCAACUUGCUAUCGAUCUUUCAACAAACACUUAAUUAAAGGUCUUUCCUGUAAAAUCCAUACCAACUUGAUUUAAUUUUAAAGUGAAGGAAUGUGUUCAGCACGUAGCUCUUUUGCGCCAGUAGUUUACAUAUUGGGAUUUUAGCUUGAGUAGGAAAUCGAAAAAACAACCGUAUAAAAAUUAGUCCAAUUUUUACUGCACCCUACGGCGUGUUAAUACAGAGAUCCUAUCUAACCUAUUAUGAGACCCAAGCUAUUAUAUCGGACCGAGAGCAAAAAUAAAACCUAUUACAUUUUUGGAAUAUUUCAAUCUUUUCCCGUUUAAUUUGCAGCUCUCAUAGUCCGUUUCCUUACCCGAAGAUUUAUCACGGAAUACGACCAGACUCUAGGUAGGUAUGUCGUUUUUAUCAGGCUGCAUUCGCUUAAGCCAAAACAGGUUAUAGUCUAAUCGAGUGAAAAGGGGAAAAGGCGUGUUUUAUUUGCAAAAGUUGCCGCCAAUUUGUGCGAACCAUAAUCGCAAGGGUUCUUUUGUAAUUGCCACGCCUAAAAAUUUGAUCAUCACCGCAUGCAUGGCUACUUCGAGUGAACAGUACUAUUAAGCAUGCACUUGCACAGGUAUUCAGUUGACAGUUUUGUUAGACUUGGUAUUGUGGUACUUGCGCAGUAGCCACCUAUACAUCCCGCUGAUAACAUAUGAAAUAAUUAUUGAUUAUGAUUUAUACUACAGGCAGCAGUUCUAAGAUAAUCAUUUAGUCAGCAAUAAGAGUAAUUAAAUAACAAAUUCUUUUUUCUCUUAUCUUUCAAUCAGAGUCCACUUGGCGGCAUCAUAUGGAGUUGGAUAAUGAAUACAUCUACGUUGACUUAAUGGAUACAGCAGGAGAGGUGCGUUAA